AUGGAAGUACCUGACCACUUUCUUGUUGAUACUGGUAAAGUUUAUUCAACCUUACGACAUAUUAAAGACUUUAAAGUUACUAAGUCGCCAGGUCCUUAUAAUAUUCCCAACAAGAUUUUGAAGACCUUUGCAUUCGAACUUGCACCUGUUGUUACAGACAUCUACAAUGCUUCAAUGGUACAAGGAAAUUUCCCACAACAAUUAAAGCGUGCUUUUGUCAUACCCAUCCCUAAAGUAUCUCCUCUAGGAUCCAUCGAGAACGAUUUUCGACCAAUAUCUCUUACGUCCCAGAUUGGUAAAGUGAUGCAAAGGUUUUACGUUGGAUUCGUUGCUAGGUGAAGUAAGCAAUAAAUUGGAUACUAAACAGUUUGCUAUGCCUAGGAAAUCAACCACUCUGGUCCACUCAGGCAUCGGUUUCCCUCCUGCAUCUGAUUCAUACUGGUUCAUGCUGGUUUAGACGUAGGACAUUGUUAUGCAAGAUUAUUCUUUGCCGAUUUUAGGAAAGGCUUCGAUCUCGUUGAUCACAAUUUCAUUAUUGGUGAACUUAGAAACCUCCAAGUCCAUCUGGCUGUUAUUAGAUGGAUUAAGUCCUUUCUUACUGGCCUGGAGCAAAGUGUAAAACUCGCAACGGCAUCUUCUUCCUGGAAGAAAGUGAACGGUGGCCUACCUCAGGGCACUAACCUUGGCCCUAUUCUCUUCGCCAUCCUUACUAACUCCCUUUUGAAAGAUUGGCAGGGGCGGGUAAAGAUCGUUGAUGACACCACAUUGUUGGAGAUUGUCCCGCGGAGUUCGCCUAGUGUACUACAUGUCGUUGUUGACGAAAUCUUUAAUUUUGCAUCGAAUCGGGGAAUGGAACUUAAUCCAAAAAAAUGUAAGGAAAUGGUUAUAUCCUUCCUUGAAUACAGUCUGCAAUGUGAUAAUGUGAUUCACAUAUCUGGAGUGCCUAUUGAACUUGUUUCAUCUUUUAAAUUACUUGGCUUGUUAUCUGAUGAUCUUUCAUGGAACUGUCAUGUGGACUACGUUAUCAAAAAGGCAAAUACAAGGCUUUAUGCGCUUCGCAUACUUAAGAAAGCUGGUUUAAGUAAGUCGGAGCUUGUCGAUAUUUAUUGCUCGUUUAUAAGAUCGCGAAUUGAGUACGCUUCUCCAGCAUGGUCAUCUUCGACGGUUUAUCUAUCUGGUGUUAUUGAAUCAAUUCGAAAACGGGCAUUACGAAUAAUUUAUCCUGACACGUCUUAUGAAGGGGCUUUGAUUUGCACAGGAUUGGAAACUCUUAGUACCCGUAGAGAUAAUUCAUGUAUAAAAUUUAUUACCGAACACAAUUAUUAUUUUAGAACACAAUCAACUAACAAAUUUAUCACGAACACUGAUCGCUUUGGAAAUUUUGUAACAGUUAAAUAUGUUUGAUAUUUAUAUUUAUAAUCUUAGUAUGUUUACCUUAUUAUAUUCUAUUGUACCGUGUAAUUCAGUUGUUACUGCAAUUCGGUUUAUUAAACAGAUUAUUAUUAUUAUUAUACUUGUUAAAAGCGAUAUAUAUUUGUUAGUUUUGAUUUAAAUUAUAACAUAUAUAUGGAUAAAGGUGUUGUGUGGACAGGUAAAGUUGGGGUACGAUAUUUGUACGUCAAAGGUUCGGUUACGGUAUGGUAAUCUACGUUACGUUACAGGUACGUUAUGGUGAGGUGCGUUACAGUAAGGUUAGGUAUUCUCGGGUACGUUACGCUAAGUCACGGUUAGGUCAGUAUAGGUACGUGAUGGUAAGGUAUGAUACGGAAACUGUCUGUACCAGUGUAGGUACAGUAGUACCAAUGUGAAAAUGCUGUGCUGAGUGGUUAUAUUACUACCUGAAAUAAACAAGCAGAAACUCGACGUUUCGAGCGAAGGCCCUUCGUCAAGAGUUAGUAGUCUAACUCUGCUACUAACUCUUGACGAAGGGCCUUCGCUCGAAACGUCGAGUUUCUGCUUGUUUAUUUCAGGUAGUAAAUAAAUAUAACUACUCAGCACAGCAUUUUCAUAAGAUAUGAUACGGGUACGUUACUGUUACGGUAUGGGUACGUUAUGGUAUAAGUCACGGUACCGGUAUGGGUGCGUAACGGUAAGGGACGGCUGCGACACAAGUACAUUACGAUACGGUGUGGAUAUGUUAUGGUAAGGUAUAUGGGUACGUUACUGUAAGGUACACGGUAUGGUAAGUGCAGUGGAGGUAUGUUACGCUAAGAUAUGGCAAGGUACGUUACAGUAAGGCACACGUCGUGUAUUACAUCAUAAGGUAUCAUAAGUAACAGUAGGAGUACAGUGUUAAAGUGUUACGUAAAAACUCCAGGUAAACUUAGAAAUAUAUUUCAUUGUUUACUUAUUCAAAUCACAGGUUUUAUACAAGGCAAAACAUGCAAUACUGAAUAGUACUUACAAAGGAUAUUUAAUUGUCGUCCAGUUCAAGGUCAUGCAUGGUUUGAAUAGCUAAGAACAUGAAAAUACUGUAUAUAUAGUGUUAUUCAAGUAUAAUAUAAAUGCUUUUUCUUAAGGCUUAUGAAACACUGUGUGGCGAACGAGGGGCUCAGAUGAGUGGAGGUCAAAAACAACGUAUUGCCAUCGCCAGGGCGUUGAUCAGAAAUCCAACAAUACUACUGUUAGAUGAAGCCACCUCGGCUCUUGAUAACGAAAGUGAAUCUAUUGUACAAGAGGCGUUAGAUAAGGUAAAAAUAUAAAAUUAUUACCAAGCUGUUACGGAGACAUCCCUUACGUCAAUUUUCACAUUAAAAACCCAUUUAUGUUUUUUCUAGGCAGGAGAAGGUCGGACAACAUUCGUUAUUGCACAUCGUCUUUCUACAGUCCGUGAUGCAGAUAUGAUUGUCGCUGUGAAAGAUGGCGCUGUAGCUGAAGUCGGUACACAUGAUGAAUUGAUAGAGAAAGAUGGUGUCUAUAAAAAGCUAGUUUUACAACAAGUACGUUGAAACUAUAGGAUGGUGCAUGUGUUUUUCGCUGCGCUCGAGUUAACUAUUAUAUUUUGUAACUUACUCAUAUGUGUAUAUUUAUAACCAUAUAUUUGUUUGGAAAAAUUGAUGGAAGGUUCCAACGUUUUGGAAAUAAGCUGGGCAAUGCGCAAAAUGCAAUAUCCUCAACUUGGAAGGAAUGAAACCUACUAUUCUAUUAUAUUGCCGUUCAAUGUUAUAUUGGGUCGUUGUAUUCAUUACAUUAUGGUCCUUUCGCUAUAUGUAUUUUUAAUAUCAAUCAUUGUUUAUUUUUUAGACUGUCGAGGAAGCUGAAGAUGAUAACACAGAGGAAGAAGUCGAGGGUAUG